GGGUUUCGCUGCCGCAAGCGGAACUCGGUAAUGGCUUUGCAUACGACUUCGCAUGCGAAUUCGCACGCCGGAUAAUGUGUACAGCCACCUUUAAACGCAGCCUUGCCUGCCAAUUCACCCAUGAGUAUUUUACAUGCAUGAAUUAUAUACUCAAUUGGGUUAAUAUUAACCAGUAAGCAGAUUGGUUAAUGGUCACGACCAGUAACUAUAACGCUAUGACAAGACGGGAGGCCACGUAAGUAUACUGAACAUUAUAGGUAAAAACAAACAAAAAUUUAAUGAAUGAAUGCAACUUACUUACCCUCGUGGGGCGAAAUGACUACAGUCGUUAUAUUAUGAUACGGGUGCUAUGUUUCACAUAUAGCCCGUGUCCGCUUACGAGUUUCUACAUAUGUAAACGUUUGGGUAAACUGAAUGGUAAUAGAAAACCGACAAAAGUGACCACUGGGUUAAGAACAAUUUUUGUUAAGUGUCUUGGGCAGACACGCCGACAAUGAUAGCAGUUUCGGACCCUUCACUAUUGGUGCACGGCGUCUAAGUAGACUUCGCCUUUCUUCGUCUGCUCUUCGUUUACUCUGCAAUGAGGAGUUAUUCAAAUAUCCUGAUCAUGUUCAGGAUAUCCUGAUAAUAUCCUGGACAUAAUAUCCAAAUAUCCUGAUCGUGUUUUAAACAAUUAACAACGGUCUAUGGGAGUCGCGAAAGAGGAUACGGUUUAUAAUUCUUUGAAUGUUCUUUGUUUACUACCACAAGUACGGGAUGAGAAAAUAGAAUGAAGAGGUGUCGCAUAUUUCCCCACCCGCCUACAAUGCUGGACUUCUGCAAUUCAAAUCCAUAAACGAUUAAAAUAGGCACUGACUGUCUUUUUGUUACUUUACCUGAAUUAAACCCACCCACUUCUACAAUGGCAAACCGACCAAAGGGAUACGGAUACUCUCGGGAAGUUGCUUCUAAGAUUGAUGCAAAGUACUCCGAGAAUUUUGAAUUAGAAAUCGUAGCCUGGAUCAGCUCCCUUGUUCAAAGCUCGCCGGCGGAAAAAGGAAAAGAGGCUUUCCAGGCUUGGCUUAAGGAUGGUCAGGUUCUUUGUAAACUAAUGAACGCGUUGCAAGUUGGUAGCUGUAAGCCCAACCCACCUAGCACAGGCAAAUCGCCGGCGAUAAAACAGAUGAAAGAGAUGGCAAAUCUCGGAAUGUUUCUUAACGCUGCAAAUGAAUAUGGUGUGAAACACGAGAAUCAGUUUCAAACGGUUGACUUGUACGAAGCUGAAAACCUGGCGCGAGUACAAACCGGAUUGAUUGAGUUAGCUAGAUGUGCCACAAAGAAAGGAGCCCCCGGCUUGGUACCGAAGGAAGAAACUGAAAACAAACGUGAUUCCAAAUCAGUGACGGAGGGAUUGAGCGCAGAAGGAUCAGUGAUUGGUUUACAGGCACUGACUGUCUUUUGUGACUUAGUUUUAUCUGAACUAAACCUAUCCACUUCUACAAUGGCAAACCGACCAAAGGCAUACGGAAACUCUGCGGAAGUCGCUUCUAAGAUUGAUGCAAAGUACUCACAGGAAGACGAAAUGGAAAUCGUAGCUUGGAUCAGUUCUCUUGUUCAAAGUUCGCCGGAGGGAAAAGGAAAAGAGGCAUUUCACGCUUGGCUUAAAGAUGGCCAGGUUCUCUGUAAACUGAUGAACGCGUUGCAGAGUGGGAUCUGCAAGCCCAACCCACCUUACAAGGGUAGUUUGCAGGCGAUGAAACAGAACAAAGAGAUGGAAAAUAUCAGCGUGUUUCUUAAAGCGGCAGCAAAGUAUGCUAAUAUACCAGCACAGGAUAUGUUUCAAACGGUUGAUUUGUACGAAGGUGGAAACUUAGGACAAGUUCAAAGCACGAUAUUUAAGGUUGGAGCUGAGGCUAAAAAUCGAGGACUUCACGGGAUCGGUGUAAAAAAGGCGGAGGAAAACAAACGUGUUUUUGACGAACAAAAAAUGCGCGAAGGAAGAAACAUUAUUGGAUUACAGAUGGGCACGAACCAAGGUGCAUCUCAAAGUGGUAUGUCGGCUUAUGGACUUGGACGGCAAAUGACGCAAAAGUAGAUAUAUACGAUCAGAUGGGCGACCGUGUUUUAACAUUUUGCAUGCGCUCGCAACAACGCUGGUGUUGUAACAAUAACUUGAAAGUCGCGUAUUUACCAUGAUCUACUAGUUUAACAAUA